AUGCUAUGGCUUCUCUGCUGCGCACUGUGGUUUGCCUGCCGUGUCCAGCGAUCGUGCAGCUUGAGCCAGUGGCAACCCGACGCGUUUCUGAGCCCGGCCGAACUCGUGCGCAGCAAGGGUUACCCGGCCGAGGAACACGUGACUGUCACCGAGGAUGGCUACGUGCUCAGCUUGCAGCGCGUGCCGAGAGGUGGAAGACAGCCGCCCGGCACGCUCUCGGGGCCACCGGUGCUGCUCGUCCACGGGUUGCUGUCUUCGGCUGCCGAGUGGGUCAUCAACUACCCGCACCAGAGCCUCGGGGGAGUGCGUAAUUUCAGUGAUGGACGUGGCCGGCGCCUUCUCCGCAUCGCGACGCUCAUACCCGAGGGCUUUUCGUGCGUCGAGGAGGCGUUCGCGCGCUCCGGAUUCCUGCUUGCCGACGCCGGCUACGAUGUGUGGCUGGGAAACUGCCGCGGCACGCCUUACUCGAGGGGCCACAGGGAGUACAGUGAUAGUGACGGCCGAUACUGGGACUUCCGUCUGGAUGAAGUGGGGCUGCUGGACCUACCCGCCCUGGUGGACUACGUGCUGGCAAGCACGGGAUGGCCGCAGCUCUUCUUGGUGGGAUUCUCCCAGGGGAACACGGCCGCAUGGGCGAUGCUGGCUGACAAGCCGCAGUAUAACGACAAAAUACUGUUGCUCGUCGCCCUUGCACCCGUUGCAAACAUGACUUUCAUCCGAAGCCCCGUGCGCUUUCUAGUCCCUAUCUCCCCCAUUCUCACGGCAUCGGCCAUCGUUGCCAACCAGGGUCGGCUGCUCGUGAGACCAGAGUGGCUCCGCCGUGCUGCUUACGCCCUGUGCGAGUCACCACUGCGCUACGCUUGUGCGCUGCCCAUUUUCUUCCUCUUUGGCGUGAACCCCAACCAACUAAACCAGAAAAAGAAGUUUUAUCUAACGAAUGACGUGGGUGGAUAUAAUUAUGUGUACUCUUGCUCUCUUUGUGUCCAGUCACGGUUGGCCGUCUACACUAGUCAUCUGCCCUCGGGUGCUUCCAAGAGGAACGUCGAACAGUACGCUCAGAUCAUCCGAGCCAGGAACUUUGUCAAGUACAAUUACGGACCCCAGAGGAACUUGUACCUGUAUGGCACGGUGGAGAGCCCAGCCUACGACUUCUCAAGAAUAACAGCGCCAGUGGCCCUCUUCAGUGCUCGAAAGGACUUCUUCGCCAACCCCGAGGAUGUUUCCACGCUUCGACGAAGCCUGCCCAAUGUCGUGUUAGACUACAUUGUUCCAGAUCCGGACUUCACGCACUUGGACUUUGUUUUAGGUACUGAGGCAGCCGCAUUCGUCUACAGGCCACUCAUUGAUUUCAUGAAUAAUUGGGUGCUUCUAAACGGGACGUAAAAGGAAUACACACACGAAGCGAGACGCUGGCUGAU